UCAGCUUUGGCUGCGAGCAGACAACAACGACAGUAGCUAGGAGCAUAUUCAGCUAGCAAGCAGCGCCUUGCUGUAGUACUGUACCGCCAUGGCGAGCAGCAGCAGUAUGAUGAGCUUCUUCUUGGCCUGCCUGCUGCUGGUGUGCAUGGCGGCGUUGAUGCAGUGCGCUUCUUCUCAGGGUCAGGGUCCGCCGGUGUUGGCGGUGGCCUCCAACGCGCGAGCCACCACUCUCAAGUGCACCAACACCAAGAACAACAAGACCACCUGCAGCGCCACCUGCAACAAGCGAUGCCCUCACAAGUGCCUCAUCCAGUGCCCCAGCUGCAAGACUUUCUGCUUGUGCGACUUCUACCCCGGCGUGUCCUGCGGCGACCCACGCUUCACAGGCGCCGACGGCAACAACUUCUACUUCCACGGCAACAAGGACAAGGACUUCUGCAUCGUCUCCGACGCCGACCUCCACAUCAACGCGCACUUCAUCGGCAAGCGCAACCCGGCCAUGAGCCGCGACUUCACCUGGAUCCAGGCGCUCGGCAUCCGCUUCGCGCACCACCACCUCUACGUCGGCGCCGCCAAGACCCCCAAGUGGAACAGCGACGUCGACCACCUCGCGCUCGCCUUCGACGACGACGACCACCUCGACGUGCCGCGCUUCGUCGGCGCCCGCUGGUCACCGCCCACAGCUCCCGCCCUGUCCGUCACCCGCACCGCGCGCGUCAACACCGUCGUCAUCGAGCUCAGGGGCGUCUUCCGCAUCGUCGCCAACGUCGUGCCCAUCACCGCCGAGGACUCCAGGAUCCACAACUACGGCGUCACCGAGGACGACGACGACAGCCUCGCGCACCUCGACCUCGGCUUCAAGUUCUACGACCUCACCGACGACGUCCACGGCGUGCUGGGCCAGACCUACCGCCCGGACUACGUCAACAGCCUCAACGUCACCUCCAAGAUGCCCGUCAUGGGCGGCGCGCCAAACUACCUCUCCUCCGACCUCUUCUCCACCGACUGUGCCGUCGCACGAUUUCGCGGCGGACGCCACCAAGCCGCGCCCGCCGUUAAUAUUGCCAUGGUCACCGACGACGACAUGGAAUAAAUAAACACAUGUACUCCUAUAUAUAUGUGUACUACGUACGUACGUCGUCUUAGCUAGACGUACGACCAGAGGAUCUUGAUCCAUCGUCUCGUUUCCAUCUUAAUUAAUUUCUUCCACACUGAAGAAGAGGAAGAAGAAGAAGCAAUAACCACAGUUGUUAUUAUAUAUA